AGUGUUUAACGUCUGUGUUCAUGCUGCUGUCUGCUUAUUUAUCGGCAUAUUUACUACCGACAUUUCAUUAUUGCCGUCACCGUUAUUUUUUUUAUUGAACAUUAUCCAAAAAUAACCAUGAAUUCUUUAGUAUCUUCUGAACGUAUUAACUUGAAGGUUCUCGGACAAGAUAAUUGGUUAAUACAAUUUAAAAUUAGAAAAAAUACUCAAUUAAGAAAGUUGAUGAAUGCGUACUGUGAAAAAACUGGUCUUGCUUACAACUCAGUAAGAUUUCGAUUCGAUGGACGAUCGGUUAACGAGAUUGAUACGGCAGCUUCUUUAAAUCUUGAAGAAGGUGAUACAAUUGAAGUGUUCCAACAGCAAACUGGUGGUUGUUGUUUUUAAAAUGUGUAAAAUGCUAUUAUAAUAGUAUUGUGAUUAUGAUACAAUCAAUAUGGUUCU